UCUCAUCCUCGUCUUGUCCCCUCACCCGUUCUUUCUCUCGUCCAUACUCCACGAUUACACGCGCAGCCGAUUCUGAUAUCACCAUGGCCUACCGAACCCCCUACGUGACCCCUCGCAUCCUCCACAAGAACUAUGCCCAGGCGUUCGACGCCGAGCCAAGCAAACUGGUUGGGCGCGACCUGGAGUACUUCUCCCAGGCUGGCUUCGACAUGGAUCGGAUCCAGAUCAAACGCAAUGCCCCUAUUGCUCUCCUCUACGAGGACGCCAUCCGGAAUGAGGGCGCAAUCAUCUCCUCGUCAGGGGCGUUGAUCAAUUUCUCUGGCAAGAAAACUGGCCGUAGCCCCAAGGACAAGCGUAUCGUCUACGAGGAUACGUCCAAGAGUGAGAUCUGGUGGGGAUCCGUUAACAUCAUGAUGGACGAGCACACCUUCGAGAUCAAUCGUGAGCGUGCCAUCGACUACCUGAACACCCGCGACAACGUCUACGUGUUCGAUGGUUACGCUGGCUGGGAUCCGAAGUACCGCAUUAAGGUCCGGGUCAUCUGCGCGCGGGCUUACCACGCGUUGUUCAUGAACAACAUGCUCAUCCGACCAACGGAGGAGGAGUUGAAGACCUUUGGCGAGCCCGACUUCAUCAUCUACAACGCGGGCCAGUUCCCGGCCAAUCGCUUCACGAAGGGCAUGUCGUCGACGACGUCUGUCGAGAUCAACUUCAAGCGCAUGGAGAUGGUCAUCCUCGGUACAGAGUACGCCGGUGAGAUGAAGAAGGGUGUCUUCUCCGUCAUGCACUACCUCCAACCCGUCAAGUUUGGCACGCUCUCGUUGCACUCUUCUGCGAACGUUGGCAUGGACAAGGGCGACGUGACGCUCUUCUUUGGUCUGUCUGGCACGGGCAAGACGACGCUCUCCGCAGACCCGCGCCGCCUGCUGAUCGGUGACGACGAGCAUGUGUGGUCGGACACGGGCGUGUUCAACAUCGAGGGCGGGUGCUAUGCCAAGUGCAUCAACCUCUCCGCAGAGAAGGAGCCCGAGAUCUUCAACGCGAUUCGCUUCGGCAGCAUCCUCGAGAACGUCGUGUACAACCCUAUCUCGCGCGUACCGGACUAUGAUGACAUCAGCAUCACGGAGAACACGCGUUGCGCGUACCCGAUCGAGUACAUCCCGAAUGCGCAGAUUCCGUGCGUGGUUGACCGCCAGCCGAGCAACAUCAUCAUGUUGACGUGCGACGCGUUCGGUGUGCUCCCGCCUGUGAGCAAACUCACGCCGGCACAGGCUAGCUACCACUUCUUGGCUGGUUACACCUCAAAAACUCCUGGUACAGAGGACGGCGUCCUUGAGCCAAUCCCCACCUUCUCGACGUGCUACAGCGCGCCGUUCAUUGUCCUCCACCCCGGCCGCUACGCCGAGAUGCUUGCAGAGCGCAUGAAGAAGUACAACGUCGACUGCUGGCUGAUCAACACCGGCUGGACUGGCGGCAAGUUUGGCACGGGCAAGCGUUGCCCGCUCAAAUACACGCGCAUGAUCGUAGAUGCGGUGCACUCGGGCGAGCUCGCAAAGGCGGAGUUCGAGACGGUCGGCACGUUCAACUUGAAGGUCCCGACGCAUAUUGAGGGUGUGCCGCGUGAUCUGCUGAACCCGCGUCAUGCGUGGGCGGACAAGGAGGCGUUCGAGCGCGAGGUGCGCAAGCUUGCGGUCAUGUUCGGGAAGGCGUUUGCGCUGUACGAGUCGGACGUUGAUGAGAGCGUGCGCUUGGCGGGCCCGCAGAUCGCGUGAGCGCUGAGGACGGUGUGUUUGACGGACUGCAGUUCAUCAUGGUCG